UUUUUCGAUAAAUACAAACAAAUAUUUGACAAAAAGCGCCAAAUGAAUUCAACAAUUAAAUAGAGAGGAAUUAUGAACAAGCAUUAAGACAAAUUGCAGCACAACAAGCAGAACCUUUAUUUACAGUACUCGAAAAAUAAAAAAAAACGAUGGAGCAGCAAACAAUUAAACACGUACUCACUGCUCGAAUUUUAGUGCUCGGCGAUGCAGGUGUUGGAAAGUCGCGACUAACAGAUUUGCUGGCCAAAAGCGAAGAUACACCGACACCAGCGACCCGACGCGUUGGCGAUUGUUGGUGGAAUGUUCAAGUGCGUCUUCACGAGCAUCCACGCUAUGUGUGGCUGCCCCCAACGCCCGAGUGGACAUCCUCCUCCUCAACGUCGAGCCCAACAGGAAUCGAACAAUUUCCACGACGUGGCGGCGUCGAUUUAGUGCCACAUUUUGUUGAAUUCUAUGAUUUAAAGAGCACGCUGCGCAUGCCUCGGGAGCAUCGCAAUCGUCUCUAUCGCCACAUUGAUGGCAUAAUCCUUGUAUACGAUCUAUUGCGCAUGAGCACCCAUGACAACCUGCACGAUUGGCUGUAUCAGCCGUUGCGUCAGAUUUGCAGGCAUCGCCACAAUCGAAUGCGUCCCAUCCUCAAGCGGCGACACGUGCCCAUCCUCGUGGUGGGCACCAAACUGGAUUUGUUGACCACCCGCUGCUUGCGAGGAUCUGGCAAAAUAGCCAGUCAGCUGGGCGCGGAUGAGAUCCUUGUCAAUUGCCUGGACUCGAAGAGUUUUGAGCACAAAUCUCGCAAUGCGGGCAAACUGCGAAAGUUUCUCAGCAAUGCCAUCGAAUUUAAGCUCAAUUUUCCAACAACGGGAAAACGAUGCUGAGUUUUACAAUGAUUUUCAUAUGUAUAUUUUUACAAUGUUUUCUAGUUUUUAAAACUCUUUUUUAUUA